AUGCGCAUCUCUUCCAUCGUGUACGCCGCUAUCUCCAUCGCUUCCGCGGUGGCCCAGAGCAUCCCUGCAGGCAGCCAAAUCCAGCUCCACCUCGCGAACUACUCGACGUACUGCCUCGGCGCCACCUCCGCCACCCUCCAAGCCCCAGUCCUCAUCGAAGUCUGCGGCGCCGCGAACACGACGUUCAAGAUCGGCCUGGACGACCCCACAACCACCGGCACGAAGUUCCAGCUCGUGAGCCCUGCGACGGGGCCCGGCACGCCCGUCCCGUUCCUCUGCGUCACCGCGAGCGGGUCGCAGGACGGCAGUGCGCCGCUCGUCAUGGACACGUGCGAGGACGAUAAGUUUGAGAAUUGGCGCGUCGGCGCGGGAGAGGGCACGGGGGAGAUCGUCUCUCUUGCUCCGUCGGACGGCGCGUUCUGCCUCACUGCUGCUGGUGCGGACGCUGGUGCCGCGAUCGAGUACCGUCCAUGCACCAACGACGUUAAUCAGCAGUGGACUGUUGUUGUCGUUGACAACUAG